AUAAGUAAAUAAAAAUUUGGAUAUCAAUUUGAAAACAAUCUGUCCCCCAUUUCCUCUGAGGUUUUUUGACAGACGUUCCAUCUUCUCCGUUCUCUGCUAGAGUGCUUUUUGUUCUCCAGAGGCCAACGCUUUUCUGCGAUUCCCUUCGGCGAUCCCUAGGUUCGAGAUGGUCGCUGACGACGCGAUGAAGAACGGUGUCUCUGCAGAGUCCCCGACUUCCGUGCUAGAGGACGAGGAUGUAUGCGAGGAGAAGAUAGAUGUCAAAUUGGAGGACAACAUACUACCUGAUGCCAAAAAUGGAGAUUCUUCACUUAUAUCAAAAGCCAUGGCUGAGGAGGAAGAAAAACUGCUGGAAGCUCGGGUUAAGGAAGAGGAUUUGGAAGAAAAAGGACAAGUAAAGGAUUCUCCCCACUUGAAUGACACACAAUUUACCAAACUGGACGAGCUUCUAACACAAACCCAGCUGUACUCGGAGUUUUUGCUUGAGAAAAUGGACGACAUCACAUUUAAUGGAAGUGAGCAUGCUAGUGAUGCUGUUGUGAAAAAGAGAGGCCGGGGUGGUGCAAAAAGGAAAGCUGCUACAAAUUACAACGAUAGGAAGGCCAAGAGGGCAGUUGCGGCAAUGCUUACAAGAUCCCAAGAAGGUGAGAAAGCUGAAGAUUUGAAUUUGACUGAAGAAGAAAGAGUUGUGAAAGAACAAAAUGAACUUGUACCUUUGUUGACUGGUGGAAAAUUGAAGUCUUAUCAAAUAAAAGGCAUAAAAUGGUUGAUCUCGUUAUGGCAAAAUGGGCUGAAUGGGAUUCUAGCAGAUCAAAUGGGGCUUGGAAAGACUAUUCAAACCAUUGGUUUCCUUGCACAUUUAAAAGGGAAGGGUUUGGAUGGGCCUUACUUAGUGAUUGCACCACUUUCCACUCUUUCAAAUUGGGUCAAUGAGAUCUCAAGGUUUACUCCCUCACUGAAUGCUAUUAUUUACCAUGGUGAUAAGAAGCAAAGAGAUGAGAUUCGAAGAAAGCACAUGCCUAGGACCAUUGGUCCCAAAUUUCCUAUAGUUGUUACUUCUUAUGAGAUUGCAUUGUCUGAUGCUAAAAAAUACCUGAGGCAUUACAAUUGGAAAUACCUUGUGGUUGAUGAAGGGCAUAGGUUGAAAAACUCUAAGUGCAAGUUACUUAAGGAGUUGAAAUUCUUGACCGUGGAGAAUAAGCUUCUAUUAACCGGGACACCUCUGCAGAAUAAUUUAGCAGAGCUCUGGUCAUUGUUGAACUUCAUUUUGCCUGAUAUUUUCUCAUCCCAUGAUGAAUUUGAGUCAUGGUUUGAUCUAUCAGGAAAGUACUGCAGUGAAGCUAUGCGGGAAGAAAUGGAAGAGAAGAGAAGGGCUCAAGUUGUAGCAAAAUUGCAUGCCAUUUUACGUCCAUUUCUUCUUCGAAGAAUGAAGGCUGAUGUUGAGCAGCUGCUUCCUCGAAAGAAAGAGAUCAUAUUAUAUGCAUCCAUGACAGAGCAUCAAAAGAAUUUUCAAGAUCAUCUGAUUAAUAAGACACUGGAAGAGCAUUUAACUGGCACAGCAGGCACUGGUAAUGGUAAUGGUAGGACUCGUAUGAAAGGAAAACUUAACAACUUGAUGGUCCAACUCCGGAAGAACUGCAAUCAUCCUGACCUUUUAACGUCUGCAUUUGAUGGCUCAUAUUUGUACCCACCUGUUGAGCAAAUAGUUGAACAGUGUGGCAAAUUUUGCUUGCUGGAAAGAUUGUUGGCACGAUUAUUUGCACGCAAGCACAAGGUCCUGAUUUUCUCUCAAUGGACAAAGAUUUUGGACAUAAUGGAUUACUAUUUUAGUGAAAAGGGAUUUGAAGUUUGUAGAAUUGAUGGCAUGGUGAAACUUGAUGAAAGGAAAAGGCAGAUCGAGGAGUUCAAUGAUGUAAAUAGCAACUGUAGACUUUUUCUUCUAAGUACCAGAGCUGGUGGAUUGGGAAUCAAUCUUACUGCUGCUGAUACUUGUAUCCUGUAUGAUAGUGAUUGGAACCCUCAAAUGGAUUUGCAGGCUAUGGAUAGAUGUCAUAGAAUUGGGCAGACUAAGCCUGUUCAUGUUUAUAGGCUUGCAACAGCUCAAUCAGUAGAGGGUCGCAUUUUAAAAAGAGCUUUUAGUAAGUUGAAGCUUGAGCACGUGGUCAUUGGAAAAGGGCAGUUUCAAUUAGAAAAUACGAAGGGCUAUUCAGAUGUUCUGGAGGAAGAGGAUCUGUUAGCUCUACUCCGAGAUGAAGAAACUGCUGAAGACAAGAUGGUACAAACGGAUAUCAGUGAUGAAGAUUUGGAGAGGGUCAUGGAUCGUGGGGAUCUGAUUGGUGGUAUAUCAAGUGAUGAAGAAGAGUCUAAACAUGGAGUUCCUCUUAAGGGGCCUGGCUGGGAAGUGGUGAUACCAACUGCAAGUGGUGGCAUGCUCUCUACGCUCAAUAGUUGAUUACCUGUUUUGGGACGCUGAAGUAGGUGGACAGGGUGUUAUUGGAUUUUCCUUUUUGGAGUUGGUAUUUGAACAAUUGCAUGUUCAGAGUUUUGGAGCUAAAGAUGCUCUUAGAUGGGUGCCUAUAAUUUUGUAUAUGUCUCGCAGUAUAGGAUGGAGAAAAGGAGCCAUUUUUUGGCCUUAUUUUUGUAAGGGAACUUGUAAGUUCCAAACAUCUAAUUAUCUUGAUUGUAUAGGCACCAUGUUUGUAUUUGAAAGGAAUGGAAAAAGACGAUGCAGUAGGCUGCCUUCUGAUAAA